AUGAUGAGAGUGACGUUAAGUGGUGCGUUGCUUUUUCUUAGCAUUGCAUCCUUUGGACACGCACAACGCAAAUUCCCCGAGGGAUUCAAAUUUGGAGUGGGAACAUCGGCGUACCAGAUCGAAGGUGGAUGGAACGAGGAUGGUAAGGGUGAAUCGAUAUGGGACCAUUUAGUGCAUAACUACCCGGGGAAGAUCAAAGAUCGGACCAAUGGAGAUGUGGCGUGUGACAGUUACCACAAUUGGCGCCGUGAUGUGGAAAUGAUCCGUGAGCUCGGUGUAGACAUCUAUCGCUUUUCGCUUGCCUGGAGCCGUAUUCUCCCAACCGGCAUUAGCAAUGAAGUGAAUCAGAAAGGUAUCGAUUACUACAACAAUCUUAUCGACGAGCUGUUAAAGCACAACAUCACACCGAUGGUGACGCUGUUUCACUGGGACACACCGCAGCGUUUGCAGGAGAUGGGAGGAUUUACGAACCGGCUUAUCGUGGGACACUUCCGCGAGUAUGCACGGGUAGCGUUCGAGAGUUUUGGGGAUCGUGUGAAGAUCUGGACAACGUUCAACGAGCCACCCCAGACCUGUCGGUUGCCGUACGAGUACGAUGCUAUGGCACCGGGGUUAGACUUCCCCGGUAUUUACACGUACCUUUGCACCCAUCACUUGCUGUUGUCGCACGCAGAAGCGGUGGAUCUGUACCGCAAACAGUUUCAACCAACGCAGGGUGGACAGAUCGGUAUAACGGUCGAUGGUUCGUGGGCCGAACCGAUUUCGGAAGCGGAACGAGAAGCGUCCGAUAUCACAAUGCAGUACUUGUUCGGCAUCUACAUGCAUCCGAUCUAUAUCGGUAACUAUCCACAAGUGAUCAUCGAUCGUGUUGGGAAUUUAAGCAUACAGCAAGGCUUCAAGAAAUCUCGCCUGCCCACCUUCACUGCGGAGGAACUCACCAAGCUGAAGGGUUCGUCUGACUUCUUCGGUUACAACGGAUACACCACGAAUCUGGUGUACAUGAACGAUGCGGCCAAUACGGCAAACUUCCGCGUACCGUCGUUCGAUCACGAUCGUAAUACGGUCGACUUCCAGGACGACCGGUGGCCAUCGACCGGAUCCUCGUGGCUGAAGGUGUACCCGAAAGGUAUGUACAAUGUGCUGAGCUGGAUCCGCCGCGAGUACAACAAUCCACCUGUUUGGGUGACUGAGAAUGGUGUUAGCGACCUGGGUGGUACUCGGGAUGUGGCACGCGUGCAAUACUUCAAGGACUACCUAAAUGCGAUCCUGGAUGCGAUCGACGAUGGGUGUGAUGUGCGCGGAUACGUUGCCUGGAGCCUGAUGGAUAACUUCGAGUGGCGGGAGGGAUUGCGCGAACGGUUCGGCUUGUACUACGUGAAUUACAGCGAUCCGAGUUUGACGCGUUACGCCAAAUCAUCCGCCAAAGCGUUCGCUAACAUUGUGCGCAAUGGAUGGAUCGAUCCGGAUGACAUGCCGGAACCGGAACUGUACAUACCGGGACCAGAUGAGCCGCUGACUACUACAACAGUGCGCGUUCCAACUACCACUAAGGAUGAUGAUGGUGGAGCGACCGGGUUGUUGGUGUCGAAGCUAAUAAUUAUCGUAGCAUUUAUGCUGUUUGUACUGAACAUGUAA